CUGGAGGAAUAGUGCAAAGUGUAUUUCUAGGGCAGUGGGACGUAAGACACCGCAAACUUCAGGAUCUAUCCAGGCAGUCUGAAGACCAGCAAGGUGCUACCUUCACUGAACACAAACUUCAUGAAAUUCCUCUUGAAGAUGAACGCACACAGGACACUGCAAAUUCAGGGAGGCAGACUAUUAGACACCAGUGCAAACUCCCGGAAAUUACCAGCCAGCAAGACGGAAGGCAGAGUAGCAGCUCAGGACAGCUCGUAUCCAGGCAAUCUCAACGUCAGAGGGGUGCUACUUUGGCUCAACACAAAUUCCAUGACAUUCCUUUCAGAGAUGAACGCACAGAUUGCCCUGCGAGUACAGGGCGGCAGACUACCGGAAACCAGGGCAGUUGUACAGAAAGUAGCAGCCAACAAGGUGGCAUGCAGAGUAGCAGCUCAGGAGAGCACUCUAUGAAGCAACAACAAACUCCCAAACCCCAAGAUGCUUCCCACCAAAGUGGCUCUUCAGGGCAAGGUAGCAAAAGGCAAGAAAACAGACAACCAAGUGGGAGCACACAGAGUUGCUUCUCAGGGAAAUCCGAUCUAAAGUCCCACAUACCCCAGGACGCUUCCUGCGCAUCCCAAGACUGCGAUAGUACAAACCCCUAUGCUGGCCUAGUAGAUUGCUUACGUGCUACCUGGAUGACAGGAAAGACCCGUCCAAAGGAGUAUCGGGUCACACAGCUGGAGGCCCUGUGUUACUUUCUGGAAGAAAGACAGGCCGAUAUACAGCGUGCCAUGUGUGAGGAUCUACGCAAGCCCUGCUUUGAAACUGAGCUCACUGAGGUUCUCUUAGUCAGAAAUGAGCUGGCCAACGCUCUUAACAACUUAAACUGCUGGAUGAAGGAUGAAAGCGUGAACAAGAACCUACUGACAAAGCUGGAUUGUGCCUUCAUUCGCAAGGAACCAUUUGGUGUGGUGCUGAUCAUUGGAGCCUUUAACUUCCCUAUCCAGCUUACUUUGUUGCCCCUUGUGGGAGCCAUUGCAGCUGGGAAUUGUGUGAUUCUCAAGCCUUCAGAAGUGAGCAGCUGCACUGAAAAGCUCCUUGCAGAAGCAUUACCUUGUUAUCUGGAUCCACAAACCUUUGCUGUGGUGACAGCUGGUCCUGAAGAAACAGGAAAAUUACUGGAAAAUAAGUUUGAUUAUAUCUUCUACACAGGAAGCGUCCGUGUAGGAAAGAUCAUCAUGACUGCUGCAGCAAAAAAUCUGACACCAUUGACUCUGGAGCUGGGGGGUAAAAGUCCCUGUUAUGUGGAUGAAAACUGCUGUUUCCCCAAUGCAGCCAACCGAAUUGUAUGGGGAAAAUUCGUCAAUGCUGGACAGACAUGCAUUGCACCAGAUUAUUUGAUCUGUACACUUGAAACACAGGAAAAAUUGAUGCCUUGCUUGCGCCAAGCUAUCCGUGAAUUCUUUGGAAACGAUCCCAAGGGGUCAUCUGAUUUUGGUCGCAUGGUCAAUGACAGGCAUUUCCAGCGCGUCCGAGCUUUGCUGGAAUGUGGCCGGGUGGUCAUUGGUGGAGAGACCGAUGAGUGUGAGCGUUAUAUUGCUCCAACAGUGCUGGCAGAUGUGAAAGAAUGGGAGCCAAUCAUGCAAGAGGAGGUUCUUGGGCCCAUCUUGCCAAUAUUCACUGUGAAUAAUAUAGAGGAGGCCAUACAUUUCAUCAAUUGCAGAGAACGCCCACUAGCUGCGUAUGCCUUCUCCUGUGAUUCCAAGGUUGUGAACAGGGUACUGGAUUCUACUACCAGUGGUGGCUUUUGUGGUAAUGAUACCCUGUUGCACGCAUCAUUGAUUACCCUACCGUUUGGUGGCAUUGGAUGCAGUGGAUUUGGCAAGUACCACGGCAAGUUUACUUUCGACACAUUUACUCACUUCCGUGGCUGUCUCUUGCGUUACAUAGGCCUGGAAGCAAUCAACAGAAUACGCUACCCACCAUACAAUGAUAACAAUUUGAGAAUGGCGGUCGCUUCUAUGGAAGUCAAGCGUAGGGGCAUGUGCACUUUGUUGUAA